AUGUGGGUAGCAAGGCUGCUGGGGGGCAGAGGAUCGUUCAGCUCACAUGACUGUGCUGUGACUGAGUUGGGUCUUUUGUGUGCAUGUGGAUCUGUGGUGAUGAGUAAGAGGGGAGAAACGACUCAGUGCUCUCUUUGUGGUGAGACAUUCCCUGGGUUAUCCUCUCUUCCAGCUUCUCUUCUCUGAUCCAGGAGGAAAGUCUCUGAGCCAGGAUUUGGAGACCCUAACUAGCUACCUCUUCUGGACCUCAGACAUCGGGACCUGGAAAGAGAAGAGGAUCCCGCACCAGUAUAUACAGAGUGGAUAUCGGAUGGAGAUUGGAACCCAUAGAUCUGUAACUUUUGUAUUUGGAAACUAAUGUUGACUCAACUCUCUUUAGAAUGGUUUCUGUCUGAACAGGAUGUUUUUCUUCAAACACUCAUUUUGUCAGUGUGGAGGCAGGGUAUCAACAGAGUGAAAAUCGUGGGCGUUCUACGGCUCUGUGAGUGCUUGGCAAACAGUGGAUAUUGUUUUGAAUUCAAACUCAGAGGGAGUGACUAAGUUUCCAGGUCCGAGCCCUCAUUCUACACCACUGUGUCACCUAUCCUCAGCAGCCACAGCAGGGAACUGGGAGACAGAAAGAGGUGGAGAUAGUGUGUUGGACUAAGUUCACCAGUGGAGCGGUCAUUUUUUCCUUCUUACCUGUCCUGUACCUGGACAGGACUUGAGAAAGGGUACCGUAUAUCCUCUCUUGUUUGAAGAGUUUGACCAUAUCCGGACACUACACCUCUUUCUGCUCUCACACUAUCUUCUCUUACCUCUCUACUUCCCUCUCACUCUCUCGCUCUGGCUCUCUCUCUCUAUCAGAGAUGGGAGCUGCCUUCAAGAGGUUCUGUGCUCGGUUCUGUUGCUGCUGUAGCGAUGCUGAAAGUGAGGAGGAGAAGGAGCCUUUAAUCAGGUAUGCACACUUAUCACCUGUAACAACCCAUGACACCCCGACAAACUGACAUACACACUAAUCACCAUGACACCCCGACAAACUGACAUACACACUAAUCACCAUGACACCCCGACAAACUGACAUACACACUAAUCACCAUGACACCCCAACAAACUGACAUACACACUAAUCACCAUGACACCCCGACAAACUGACAUACACACUUAUCACAAUGACAACCAAUGACACCCCGACAAACUGACAUACACACUAUCACCAUGACACCCCAGACAAACGACAUACACACUUAUCACAAUGACAACCAAUGACACCCCGACAAACUGACAUACACACUUAUCACCAUGACACCCCAAAAAACUGAUAUACACACUUAUCACAAUGACAAACCAUGACACCCCGACAAACUGACAUACACACUUAUCACAAUGACAACCAUGACCCACGACAAACUGACAUACACACUAUCACCAUGACAACCCACAAAAUGCAUACAUACACAUCACCAAUGACACCCCACAACUGACAUUACACCAUCCACCAUGACCCGCAAACUGAUAUACACACUAUCACAAUGACAAACAGACAACCGACAAACUGACAUACACACUCCUCCCCACGAUAUGACCAACACCAUGACACCCCGACAACUGACAUACACACUACAAAUGCACCAUGACAAACAAUGGUCACAUUCCUCAACUAUCACCACCCCAAAGACAUACACACAUACCAUGACACCCCAACACACUUACACCACCAGAGGCUGCUGAGGGGAGGAUGGCUCAUAAUAAUGGCUGGAACAGAGCCAUGUGUUUGAUAUAUUUGAUACCAUACCACUUAUUCCAUUCCAGCCAUUACCACGAGCCCGUCCUCCCCAAUUAAGGUGCCACCAACCUCCUGUGACUUACACACACUUAUCGAGGUACAUAAUAUAAUGCUUAUAAAACAAACAAUGUCACAAUUCCUCAUCUGACUUCUCACCCUCAUGUUUCUCCACACCAAUUCAUAGAUUUGAGAGUCAUGUCAUGCUCUCCAACCACAACCCUCAGAUUUAGUCACACUAGUGUAAUAUAGAGGUGUGGAACCAACAAAGAUCCUCUCUGUAUCUACUGAAUUGAAAACAGCUUCACAAUCAUCCCGAUUUUCACCUGAUAGACCACGCUUGCUUAUGUGUGUGUGUGUGUGUGUGUGUGUGUGUGUAUCUCUGUGUGUGUCUAUUUUUUUUUUUUGUCUAUUGGUUUCAGUCCUGACACUUUGGAGUACUUUGACCGUGAGGCAAAGAAGCGGCGGGAUCAGGAACAGAACCUAUGGAGUGAGCCAGGCGACCCGAGCCACUCAGAGAGAGACGAUGACCGGAUCCUGUACAACCUCAUCCAGAACAGGAACCAGACCCGCAGGGGCUCGCUGGUACCAGAGGAGGGACCCAGGGAGGGGGACAGGGAACACUUACUGUAUGACAGCAGAGAGUUUGGGUCCCUAAGAGGGAGAAACAACCCACUGGGGACACACUGGUUGAAUCAACGUUGAAUUGACGUCUGUGCCCAGUGAGAGGUGGACAAAAUGAGAAAUCUGGGGAAAAGAGAGGCAGCGUGAAGUCAUGCUAGAUUGUCUGCUCUGUCUAAUAGGUUUUGCAGGGCAGCAUACAGCACUCUACCUCCAUCAGUCAGUAGAUGGUGCAUUGAAUGCCCUCUAGUAUAAUGUAGGCCUACCUUAUCCAACUGGGUACCAUGCCUGUCCUCCAUUGUUGUCACCUGUUUGUUGGGUGAAUGUGGUGCUAUCUCACAUCAGGCUUACUCUAGUUGAUUGACUUGUGUUUGUGGUGAUAGUUGUGUACUAGGUUAAUCUGUUUUGUGUGUAACCCUGCACCCUUUCCCUCUGUAGGCGCACCGGCGCCUGAGUGUGGACAUUGAGGGGAUGAGAGAUCUGCGUCGGGAGGUCAGGGACAAGUGGAAGAUGAUCCUGGAGAAUUUAGGUGAGAGAGUAGGAAUGGAAGGGUAAAAUGAGGGUGAUGGAGAACAAAUUGAAGGGUAAGAUAAGAGAAAGGCAAAAUGAGUAAAAUCUUGUCUCUGUAACCGUGAACUCUCAUUGGCUCAGGGUUCAUGGCGGAGGCGGAGUCUCUGCUGACGGUGUCUGCCAGUGCGUCGUAUGACCGUAUGAGGAAUGCCUCGGCGUCACGCACACUACUGCACACGCUCCACUCUGAGACAUCUAUCUUCAACACACGGGAGGCCCCACCUGAGAGAUACCUCUUCAUACUGGUGAGAACAGAAACUAACAGAGGAGAGAAACUGUGUAUUAUGGUUAUAACGUCUUCCCCUUCACUUCCUUCUCCAAAUCACUUCCUGUUUGAUGAUGAUGAUGAUGACCCUUAUACCUCCCCUCUUCCUCUGUUUACUCUCUUUCUUCCUUCCCUCUUCGGGUCUUUUCUCCUCUUCCUUCACUCUUGGUUUUUCACCCUCUCCAUCUUCCUCCCUCUUUCCCUCCUCUCUCCAUCUUCCUCUCUCUUUCCCUCCUCUCUCCAUCUUCCUCUCUCUUUCCUCUCCUCUCUCCUUCUCCUCUUCCUCCUCUUUCCUCCUCUCUCAUCUUCCUCCUCUUUCCCUCCUCUCUCCAUCUUCCUCUCUCUUUCCCUCCUCUCUCCAUCUUCCUCUCUCUUUCCCUCCUCUCUCAUCUUCCUCCCUCUUUCCCUCCUCUCUCAUCUUCCUCCCUCUUUCCCUCCUCUCUCCAUCUUCCUCUCCUCUUUCCCUCCUCUCUCAUCUUCCUCCCUCUUUCCUCCUCUCUCCAUCUUCCUCUCUCUUUCCCUCCUCUCUCAUCUUCCUCCCUCCUUUCCUCUCUCUUCCUCCGCUCUCCAUCUUCCUCUCUCUUUCCCUCCCUCUCUCAUCUUCCUCCCUCUUUCCCUCCUCUCUCAUCUUCCCGGAGUGCCUCCUCCUCCAAGCGCCAUCAGAAUAUCGCCAUUCCGCCCUCCAUCUGCCAAGGUACAUCCCUCUUGAGGGCGAACUCUCACGCCAUCUCCUCCCUCUUUCCCUCCCUAUCCAGCUCCCCCUCUUUCCCUCCUCUCUCCAUAUUCUCCCUUUCCCUCCUCUCUCACAAUCUUCCUUCCCUCUUCCCCUUCUCUCUUUUCGUAUAGGAUCGUCUCAUAUACCUGGAUGCUGCUGAUGACUUCUUGGCGAAGGCUAGACGCUUCUACCCCAAGCGUGAUACUGAUGAUGAAGAUGAGGACAACCCGUUAGCCGUCAACCUGCCGUUGCUACUGGCCAGAGUGAACCGCACCAUGAACGGAGGAGGGAGCGAUGAUGAGGAUGAGAGGCUGGAUGAGGGAGAUGGGAGCGGAAGAGAAGAGGACAACUACUAGACAGAACAGGCGCUGCAAUGACCUUUGACGGUAGACAGGGGGCAGUAGUUAGUUGUUUAUGUUGCAUAGUUGGGAGUAUACAGUACCAGGAUGUCUGAUUCUGAAUAUACUCUGUUGAAAAUACUCUCCCAAUUUGCACUGACACUAGGGGCUCUAUUCAAUCUGUGUUGUUGAGGUGUUACAGAUUGCGCGAUAGAAA